AUGGCCAUCUCUGAGCACUCUGAGAUGAAUGACCUCACACCAGUUCGUGUCGGAAAGUCCUUCAGGGAGCGCAGCAAAAGCCGCAGCCGCAGCCACGACAAUGGCAAUCGCAAGGACAGUCGUAGCCCAAGCCGCAACAAGAAACCAGAGGACUAUGGUGUUGACACCAUGAAGAUUACAGACGAUGACGCUGCCUUUAUUCUGGGCAAAGGUGGCAAGACCAAGGAGAAGAUUUCAAAGGUGUCUGGUGCUGAAAUCGAGCUCUUCGAACGUGAUCUCAUCUUGGAGAUCCGAGGCCCCAAGCUGAUCCGGCGGCGUGCCAAGAAGUAUUGCAAGGGCGUCAUGGAUCAACGCACCGGUCCGGUGAACGUCACACAGGAUCACGAUGAUGACGAUGAUUUGACGAUGAUCAGUGUCCCACAAGAGGCUGUUGGCUUCGUCACUGGAAGGGCUGGCAACUUUUUGCGGACCAUCGAAGAGGAAUGGAACACCCUCAUGUUCUUCUGCGAAGUGGAUGGGUCUCGCGGUCGUGUGAAGGACUACGAAAAGUUGGCGAUUUUCGGCACUGUCCGAGCUCGUCGCGGUGCAGAGUUGAAGGUCCUCAGUGCUGUGGAGACCAAAGUGCCCGGCUACUUCGAAAAGAUCAAAUACGAGGUGAUUGAUCGUGACAAAGGGAAGGGGGAGGAUGGCACGUGGGGUACAGACACCAUGACCUUCCAAGAUGACGAGCUCUCCUAUGCUCUUGGCAAACAGGGCGGAACCAGGAAAAAACUGGAGAGAGCAUCUGGCGCUGUCGUUCAGUAUGUUGGUCAGGUGGCCCUUUUCUCCGGCGAGAAGGGAUUGCGUCGCAAAGCCAAGGAGUACAUGAAGUGGUUGUUUGACCAAUUGGAAGGGCCUGUCUAUGUCAACGGCUGGGAAGAUCGUGACGACUGUACGGUGGUGGACGUUCCAAGUGAAUGCAUUGGCUAUGUGACAGGUGCCCGUCGGGCUGCAUUGGGAAAUAUGGAAGAGGAGUGGGGCACGCUGAUGUUCUUCAUGAACAAAGAGGCGAUGAAUGGCGGUGGAAAGGGCCGGGACCGGAGCGCCCGGGGCGGCUCAGAGCAGUUGGCAAUCUUCGGCGAUAAACGCUCCCGGCGUGGGGCAGAGCUGAAGAUCAUGAGCGCUGUGGAGACCAAGAGUCCGGGUGCGUUCACUCGCGGGGUCCGUGAGAAGUUCAGCUCUGAUAAGGGCUUUGCCACGGACAGGUUCAUCUUGAAGGAUGAUGAGCUGAGCUACGCGUUGGGGAAGGAGGGCGCAACACGGAAGAAACUGGAGUUGGCCUCAGGAACAAUCUUGCAGUGCGCCGAGGGAGGUAAUGAAUGCCGAACAUGGAAGGGGUUCUAG